AUGACCACCGCUUCCACACCCAGCGGCGCCAAGCCGUCGACGUUGUCUGCUAACGACAACAUUCGUCGCUUCGCGGCCCCCAGCAGGCCUCUGAGCCCUCUUCCCUCUCACGCUCUUUUCCACAACAAGACGAGAUGCUUCGUGUACGGCCUCCAGCCCCGCGCCGUCCAGGGCAUGCUUGACUUUGACUUCAUCUGCAAGCGCUCCACCCCUUCCGUAGCGGGCAUCAUCUACACCUUUGGUGGCCAGUUCGUCAGCAAGAUGUACUGGGGAACUAGCGAGACUCUCCUCCCCGUCUACCAGGAGGUUUCCAAGGCCAUUGCCAAGCACCCCGAAGUCGAUGUUGUCGUCAACUUCGCCUCCUCCAGGAGCGUCUACAGCUCUACUUUGGAGCUCAUGGAGAACCCCCAGAUCAAGACCAUUGCCAUUAUUGCCGAAGGUGUGCCCGAGCGUCGUGCGCGUGAGAUUGCCCACAUCGCCCAGCAGAAGGGUGUCACCAUCAUCGGUCCUGCUACCGUCGGUGGCAUCAAGCCCGGUUGCUUCAAGAUUGGUAACACUGGUGGUAUGAUGGACAACAUCGUCGCCUCCAAGCUCUACCGCAAGGGUUCCGUCGGCUAUGUCUCCAAGUCUGGUGGUAUGUCCAACGAACUCAACAACAUCGUCUCCCAGAACACGGAUGGUGUCUACGAGGGUGUCGCCAUUGGUGGUGAUAGGUAUCCUGGUACCACCUUCAUCGACCAUUUGCUCCGCUACCAGGCCGACGAUGACUGCAAGAUUCUCUUGCUUCUCGGCGAGGUUGGUGGUGUCGAGGAAUACAAGGUCAUCGAGGCUGUUAAGCAGGGCAUCAUUACCAAGCCCAUUGUCGCUUGGGCCAUCGGUACCUGCGCUAGCAUGUUCAAGACCGAGGUGCAGUUCGGCCACGCCGGUGCCUUUGCCAACUCGCAGCUCGAGACGGCAGCCAUGAAGAACAAGAUGAUGAAGGAGGCUGGUUUCUUCGUCCCCGAGACUUUCGAGGAUCUCCCCUCGCUCCUCAAGUCUGUUUACCAGAAGCUUGUCAAGGACAAGACCAUCAUCCCUCAGCCCGAGCCUGCCGUUCCCAAGAUCCCCAUUGACUACUCUUGGGCCCAGGAGCUCGGCCUCGUCAGGAAGCCUGCCGCCUUCAUCUCCACCAUCUCCGAUGACCGUGGCCAGGAGCUCCUGUACGCCGGUAUGCCCAUCUCGGACGUCUUCAGGGAGGAUAUUGGCAUCGGUGGUGUCAUGUCGCUCCUGUGGUUCAGGCGCCGUCUUCCCGACUACGCCUCCAAGUUCCUCGAGAUGGUUCUCAUGCUUACUGCCGACCACGGUCCCGCCGUGUCUGGUGCCAUGAACACCAUCAUUACUACCCGUGCCGGCAAGGACCUCAUCAGCGCCCUUGUCAGCGGUCUUUUGACCAUCGGCUCCCGCUUCGGUGGUGCGCUAGAUGGCGCCGCCGAGGAGUUCACCAAGGCUUUCGACAAGGGUCUCAGCCCCCGCGAGUUCGUCGACAACAUGAGGAAGGCGAACAAGCUCAUUCCCGGUAUCGGUCACCGUGUCAAGUCUCGCAACAACCCCGAUCUCCGUGUCGAGCUCGUCAAGGAGUACGUCAAGGCCAAGUUCCCCUCGCACAAGAUGCUCGAGUAUGCCCUCGCUGUCGAGACUGUGACGACGUCCAAGAAGGACAACCUUAUUCUCAACGUCGAUGGCUGCAUUGCUGUCUGCUUCGUUGAUCUCAUGAGGAACUGCGGUGCUUUCUCGGCUGAGGAGGCUGAGGACUAUCUCCGCAUGGGUGUCCUCAACGGUCUCUUCGUCCUCGGUCGCAGCAUUGGUCUCAUUGCCCAUUACCUCGAUCAGAAGCGACUCCGUACUGGGUUGUACCGUCAUCCUUGGGAUGACAUCACCUACCUCCUCCCCAACCUCAAGUCUGGUCCUCCUGGAAACGAGGGUAGGGUCGAGGUUCAGAUGUAG